UUACGUAAGGAGGUGGUUACUUCCGGGGAGCGUGUCCAGAAGAGUCCGUCGUCAAAGGUUACAAAUGAACUAGCCGAAAUUAAGCCGAAUACGAGAUACUUAUAAAUUGUGCGUUGUUAUAAGGGUUUUGAUUCACAUUUCUGGUUAAGUAGGAUGAAAGCAGUUAAGAAACCUAUGAAAGUUUUCGUAACCCGGCAGCUCCCACCAGAUGGGAUGAAGAUUCUGUCAACGUCAGGAGUGUGUGAAGUUAGUUUGUGGGACUCCGUGGGUCCUGUGCCACGAGCAGAGCUUCUCAAAGGCGUGCAAGGGGCUCACGGUCUCCUGUGUCUGCUGUCAGAUAAAAUCGAUGCUGAGGUUCUAGAUGCUGCAGGACCCAACCUGAAAGUAAUCAGCACAUUUUCCGUGGGAUUCGACCACUUGGCUCUUGAUGAAAUAAAGAAACGUGGCAUACGUGUCGGCUACACUCCCGACGUCCUGACUGACACUACAGCUGAACUGACUGUUGCCCUUCUUCUGGCCACAGCUCGCAGAUUACCUGAAGCAGUGGAAGAAGUGAAAAAUGGCGGUUGGAGCUCAUGGACGCCACUCUGGAUGUGUGGAUACGGCCUAUCAGGCAGCACGGUGGGAGUCAUCGGACUGGGACGCAUUGGGAUGGCGUUUGCCCGGCGCAUCAUGCCGUUUGGAGUGAAAAGGCUGCUCUACACCGGGAGGACAGCCAAAGCUGAUGCCGCUGAGUUCAAUGGCGAGUUUGUUCCUCUGGACGCACUUUUGACUGAGAGCGACUUCAUAGUGGUUUUGUGCUCGCUAACGCCAGAGACCCAGGGCUUGUGCGAUAAGGCCUUCUUCAGCAAGAUGAAAAACACUGCUGUCUUCGUCAACGCAAGCAGGGGUGCUAUCGUGAACCAAGAGGAUCUGUACGAGGCUCUGACUAAUGGAGAAAUUGCUGCGGCUGGCCUGGAUGUAACAACACCCGAGCCAAUCCCUACAAACCACCCGCUUCUUACACUCAAAAACUGUGUGGUUUUGCCACACAUCGGCAGCGCCACCUACUCCACAAGAGGGGUCAUGGCUUCCUUGGCAGCCCAAAACCUGCUGGGGGGUUUGCAAGACACACAAAUGCCCAGUGAACUCACCUUCUAGAACCUCUAACUGACCAGCCAUCAUGCCUUUCAACUGCAACUUGGGUGCUGCAGUGAAUACAUUUCGUGACAUCAAUCGGAGACCAGAUUGAAUUGAAAUUGAAUUGCACAAAUUCUGAAAUUAUCUUCACGUAUGACAUCUGUACAAACCUGUUAACGGCACUUUAAAAAAAACUAGGAGUCACUGA